AUAUUCAUAAGCAUAUUUGCGUAACGUGUAGUUCAGUAGCUAAUUUCAAACAUUAACUCCAUAAUUUCUUUAACUGUGGACUGUAUAAAUUUAACUAUGGCACCAGCAGCUAAGAAAAAACAUACGUUUUUAACGAUAGACCAGAAAAAAGAAGUUCUUAAGAAACUAAGUGAAGGACAGUCAAUUCGACAGCUAGCUGCGCAAUACAAUGUAGGUAAAUCUACAAUUUCGGACAUAAAAUCAAGUGGAUUAAAGAUUGAUAGUUACAUUGCUAGAACAUAAUGUGGCCUUGGAAAGCGUAAAACUAUGCGACCUGCGGAGUUUGAAAAGAUGGAAGACCACUUGUAUAAAUGGUUUGUAAACGCAAGACGAAACAAUGCACCGAUUUCCUCGGAAAUCAUCAAAGAAAGGCCAAACAAUUCUGUUCCCAAAUUUACGGACAAAGUGUGGAAUUUGUGGCUAGUAAUGGUUGGUUUAGUACAAUAAUUUUCGCUCCCGAUAUGGAAUUAAAUUCUUAAAAAUAUCUGGCGAAAAACUUUCCAAUGAUUCUACUGCUGUGCAACCCUUUAUUGAAAAAUUGCGAAAGAAAAUUGCAGAAAUGGGCAUUACGUAUG